AUGAAACAACGUGUUCGUUUACCAAAGCAUUUUCAAACAUGUUGUCUAGUUGCUCUCGAGGGUCACUGGGUAUAUCUCAGGAUUACUUUUACAACAGAAGCAGCAACUGAUCUUGAAGAGGCUGAAGAACAAGAAAAGAAUCAAAUUAAUUUUCAAAGAACCGCACUUAAUACUCUUAAAAUUAAGGUUGAUGCGGGGCAUAAAUUUGCAA